UCCAACCGCUUUUCUAUUGCUUUUGAUAGGGUGUGCGCGUGUGUGAGCUCAUCAUCUUGUUUUUCUGUGUUUCGUGAACUUGUGGAUUAACUUUUCUCUUCGUAAUACAAGACCCCCAUCCAGCGGACACAACACACCAAACAUGUCGAAUCCGGAAGCAGGAAACUCGAAUGGUUUUCCUAAAUUACCGCCUCCACCAACGGACAGUACGCAACCAUCUGGGGCGAACGGAGCGAACAAUGCCACCAACAAUCGAUUGAAGCAAACGCAGGCCCAGGUUGACGAGGUGGUCGGCAUCAUGCGCGUGAACGUGGAGAAAGUGUUAGAACGUGACCAAAAACUUUCCGAACUGGAUCAGCGGGCCGACGCGCUACAGCAUGGCGCAUCGCAAUUCGAGCAGCAAGCCGGCAAACUCAAGAGAAAACAAUGGUGGGCCAACAUGAAGAUGAUGAUCAUCAUGGGCGUGAUUGGCGUGGUGCUGCUAAUAAUUAUCAUCCUGUCCAUAAUUUAUUAAUACACUCGACAUAUUUGCAUUAUUAUACAUACUCAACUAAUCGUUCUUAAAUCACACAUUGUGUAAGCAUUUGUUCCAAACUGGGCACGAUCAUCGCGUGCAAUUAUCAUAGUUAAAAAGGGGAACAAUUCCAAUCACGUUCGUACAUAUAUCUAUUCAACGGUGUGAUUCUGUUAGCUCUUCCGAUGUUGUAACGUUUAGUGUAUUGCUGAAGAGUGAGUGGUGAAUACUGUUUAUUUUUUCUGCUAUUAUCAUUAUCCUGUUCACAUUUCAAAUGUAUAUCUAAUGUUACAUUUUAUAUUCCCGGGGUGGCGUCCUUGUACUGCGCAAUUAUUGGUCCCCCGUUUAAAGCGAGUAAUAUCGAUCCUAGAUAAAUAUAUCAAAUUAUAGUAUACUUCUGUGUUCGGCAGUAUGCACAAAAACACAUCACCACCCUACACAUGCAAGUGUAACUUUUACUCUGCGAAGAGAAUGAUAGCUAAAACACAAAAUUUGAACAAAUAGAUAGUAAUAGUUCAGAUGACAAUCGUACAUCGCGGUUUAAAUGUAUUUCCAAACAGUUUUGUGCUCGUUCUAGGGGUUUCGCUAUUGCUUCACAUUAUUAUGAUUUAUUUGUUUGGUUUUGUUUUUCUUGGGCAUUUGAACAGGGAAUUGCCACGUAAGGGGGGGUUUUCAAUAGCAUUUUUAAUAAAUUUAUGUUGACCAAUGUACGCACAA